CUCACUAACACUGCACCCAACAUGAAGAACUAUGCAACACAUCCCGCAACGACAUCCACUGCAGUGAAUUUAACCCCACCCUAUCGAGGGAAAGGUCAGAAAGUAGGCUUAGUUCUAGGCUGCUUGAUGGCUGUCGUAUCAGCCGCUGUCAUUAUCCCCAUUGUCAUGCUCACUCUUGCUUCGGGAAACCAUUCGAGUCAAAUGAAUGUCGACAACAAAAGCACCAAUAGCACCAGCCCAAACUCAACCUUGCCCGCUCUAGAUAUACCAGACAAUAUGAACCAAAAUCCAUAUAACGACACGGCACAAGCGAAUCCGUUUACCCCACCCUUGAAUGAAAAAUUCAAAUACAAUACACACCAUCAUAUCCGAGGUGUCAAUUUGGGCGGCUGGCUUGUCCUUGAGCCCUUCAUUACACCAAAAAUUUUUGAACAAAAAAUCCCCUAUAUGUCCGAACCUAUUGUCGAUGAAUGGACGCUGUGUAAAGUCUUGGGGCCAGAGGAAGCCAAACGACAACUGCAACAUCAUUAUGAGACAUUCAUUACAGAAGAGGAUUUCCAAAAAAUAGCACAGAUGGGGUUCAAUCACGUCCGAAUUCCUGUGGGCCAUUGGGCUAUUAAUGUGACACACGAAGAGCCUUAUGUUGCCCACCUGUCUUGGGAUUACCUUCUUCGAGGUAUUCAAUGGGCACGAAAAUAUGGGCUGCGCGUGAUGGUGGAGCUGCACACGGCCCCGGGUUCUCAAAACGGCUGGAAUCACUCUGGUAAAGCAGGCAGUGUCUCCUUUCUGAAUGGUCCUGAUGGUGACAAAAAUGCAGACAGAACGCUUCAAAUUGCGACAGAAAUGAUUCAAUUCUUCAAUAAACCAGAAUGGGCGAACGUAGUGACUUUAUUUGGCGUUUUGAACGAACCUGCUAUGUUCAGGAUACCAAAUAACGCGGUUGAAGGCUGGUACCGAAAGAGUUAUAGCGCUAUCCGUAGUAUUCUGGGAUUGGGUGGUGGACCUUUAUUAACGUAUCAUGAUGCUUUCUAUCCUCUCAAGUUUUGGCAUGGUUUUUUCAAUCAAAAUUAUGAAAGGGUGGUUCUAGAAACACAUUUGUAUAUUGUUUUCAAUAACGAUUUAGUUGCCAUGCCAUGGGAGAAGCAACUUGAAUUUCCUUGCUGGGCAUGGAAGAAAGAACUCGGUGAAUCCCACGUGAAAACAGGUCCAACGAUGGUAGGUGAAUUCUCCGUGGCCAUUAAUGAUUGUGCCAAAUAUUUGAACGGCGUGGGGCAAGGGGCACGUUAUGACGGUACGCUUCAAGAGCCAGGUGCUCCGAAACCUGCACCGAUUUGUCCUACUUGCAAUUGCAAGGAUGCCAACAAUUGGCCCUUGUUUUCUACGGGCUAUAAACAAUUUCUACUCCAGUUUAUGGAAAAGCAAAUGGAUGCUUACGAAGCGAGUAUUGGUUGGUUCUACUGGACUUACAAAACGGAAGAUCACGUCAAUCCCCACUGGGAUUACUUAUUGGCUUGGGAACAAGGCUUUGCUCCAAAGGAUGUAAAUCUUCGUAAUUUUACCUGUCCUUUGAAUUCCCCGGGUUUUCCUUAGGCAUCAGUUUAUGACGCACUAUAUCCCCGGAACAAAUAAAGAACCGGAUGUUUUAUCCAAUUGUUUUGAAACCCGUGCUCGUUGUCGGCAUAAAUUUUGUAUUUUUCGCUUUCAUUUCGGAUAAGCCAAUGAAGU